CUGUUUUGUGUAUCAUGGAUCUGAGCUAUGCUGUGGAAAGAUUGAUAAGAAGUUUGAACUUGACGUCGUUUCCAUGCGGACCGGGGAACUGGAGAAAUGAACAUCUAGAAGAGUACGAUGUUCAAAUCGACGACCACACUGACGGUCAUCAAGAGAGUGUAUCGGCAUUGAGAGGCUACUGUGAGGGAUUAAAGAUGCCGUGGUACACUGACAGCGAAUGGAGCAGUGAGGCCUGCUCACUCAAGGAGUUGUCAGUGAGAUCACCACACGUUCUCACUGAUCCUCAUAUGAUCUACAAACACUUCAAGACAUUACGUGUCAUCAGCAAAAAAGUUACAGCGAUCGAUGAGGGAAUUUUGAAGUUUACAAAUCUUCGUGAACUGGUUCUCGGUGUCAACUCUAUUGCUGCAGUUGAUGGUAAUAAUCUACCGAGAUCUCUUGAGAUACUUGAACUAUGUGGCAAUAGCAUAUCAGAUCUUAGUUUGCUCUGCUGUGACACUCCACCAGACCUCUUGCAUCUUGGACUCUCCCACAAUAUCGUGAGUAAUGUCACAUGUCUUCAGCCUGAUCAAUGGUCACAUCUACUGUCCCUUGAUUUAAGUUAUAAUCAGAUUACGUCUCUUUCUGAAACAACAAGUGUGCUGUGUAAGCUACCCGAGCUACGUACGUUAGUUCUUAUGGGAAAUCCAAUAUCACUUGUUGCUGUGUAUCGAGCUUAUAUCAUUUCUGCUAUUCCACAUUUGACCUACUUGGAUGAAGUUCAAAUUCUGUCUGAUGAUCGCACUCUCUGUAGCAAUUUUUCAUUAUCAGUUGAAGAUGAUGACCAGACAGCAGUGACGUUGUCCAUUACUUUGCUGACUCUUAGAGGUAUCCCUUGCCACUCGGAUGAACAAAAUAUUCAGGAUGGUGUACGAAUACGCAAAGUUGACUAUACGUACCAUGUUGAAUAUGUCUUCUUACCUGAUGAACUUGAUGACAGGAUGAUUCAAUUACCAGAUAUCCAAUACAAGACUGACGAGGUGACAUGGUCGGAGAGCAUUUCACUGAAAUACACAAAAGAGCACACUAGCAACCUGCUGCUUCGUUGUAGAGAUCAUAUGCAUCGUGGUAUUAAUUUUUGCAUCAUGGAGUCACAAGUUGUAUCUUUGCCACCUGCAAGCAAUGAACCAGAAACUAAACGUCUACCUCCUGACAGUGAAAAGAAAACAAAGGCAUCUCAAGGUGCAUCGGCUAAACGAACACCAACACCAGGAAAGAAGGAAAAAGACAAAGGAACCGACAAAUCUCCCAAAGAUAAGAAGGAGAAAGAGGUGAAACAAAAAGGUAAAAAUGCACCAGAUUGUACAGUUGACUGGGUGAAACAACCUGCUGAGAAACGAAGGUUAGCCCAAGUCAAAAUGGUGCUUGAUGAUCUGUUGACUGGACAUGGACAGACUACAGUGGAGCAGCACAUGGAAGUCUUAAUUCCGAAAGCGAUUACUCUGAUCCAAACAAAUGAUGAGCAGCUGUCCAAUGAGAGAGAAGAGAACUGCAGUGAAGAAGAGACCUCAACGCAUGUUGUCAUGCUUAGUGUUAAGGCCGACUUAAAGCGACAUCCAUUAAUUCAGAAAUUGCAUUAAAUUUUGAUUAAUCAGAAAUUGCAUUAAAUUUGAUUAAUUAAAUGGCGUAUCAUAUCAAUUAUUUGACAAAAACCAAUAAGCACAUGUGACUUGUUGUCCAGUGUCCUACUGCAUAAUGCUUUUAUUGCAGCAGAAUGCAAUAUUAGUAUGUACUGUAGAUUUUGCAUCAAUUUACAUAAUGAAACAACACCAGUUUGGUCCAGGGAAUAGAUGAACAUGCACGUCUAGUGUAACAACAGAUUCAAUAAGGACAGCAGAGACAAAGUGUAUUAUAUCAAUCAU